CUGACAAAGAGAAAUAAUGCCAUUUUCAUUUUCAUCUUUUUCUUCCUCAUCCAAUUUUUGAACCAAAUUGUACAAGAAGCGAGAACUCGUCUUACUGUUAAGAAUCAUCAAUUCUUCAAUCUCACCAAUCAUCAUAUUCAGUAUUCGUCAUUCCUGCCCUACGAAGAAAAGAGAUGAGCAUUUCGGAUCUGCCGAGGAAGGAGGCUACUGUGCUCAAGGGGCAUGAAGGUGCAGUUUUAGCUGCUCGGUUCAAUGGAGAUGGCAAUUAUUGUUUGAGCUGCGGCAAGGACCGUACCAUCCGCCUAUGGAAUCCCCACCGUGGGAUCCAUAUUAAGACUUACAAAUCCCACGGUCGUGAAGUCCGUGACGUCCAUGUCACACCGGACAACUCUAGGUUAAUUUCUUGUGGCGGUGACCGGCAACUGUUUUACUGGGAUGUGUCAACUGGUCGUGUUAUUCGAAAAUUUCGUGGCCAUGAUAGCGAGGUGAAUGCAGUUAAAUUUAAUGAGUAUGCUUCUGUUGUAGUAUCAGCAGGCUAUGAUCGUUCAUUGCGUGCAUGGGACUGCAGAUCACAUAGCACUGAGCCUAUUCAGAUUAUUGACUCAUUCUUGGACAGUGUAAUGUCUGUUUGUUUAACAAAAACUGAAAUUAUUGGUGGAAGUGUUGAUGGAACUGUUCGGACAUUUGACAUCCGUAUCGGUAGAGAAUUAUCUGACAACUUGGGGCAGCCUGUCAACUGUAUCUCAUUGUCAAAUGAUGGUAACUGUGUAUUGGCCAGUUGCUUAGAUUCUACUUUACGUCUCCUGGACAGGUCUAGUGGUGAACUAUUACAAGAAUAUAAAGGCCAUAUUUGCAAGUCUUUCAAAACAGAUUGCUGCCUUACCAACUCUGAUGCCCAUGUAACGGGUGGAUCUGAAGAUGGGUAUAUUUACUUCUGGGAUCUGGUAGAUGCGUCUGUCGUAACAAGAUUCAGAGCUCAUUCUUUAGUGGUAACAAGUGUAAGUUAUCAUCCCAAAGAUAACGCUAUGAUAACCUCCUCUGUGGAUGGCUCCAUCCGGGUUUGGAAGACAGAGUAACAUAAAGCACUAAUGGUUCUCAACUUACAACUCUGCUCUUUCUCAUCAAAUUAUUUGAAUACUCCAAGGAUGAAGAGGAAGUCCAGAACCCUGCACCCUCAUGCUGAGUUUCUGCUAGCUCUGUGAAGAAUAAUUCAAGGAAAGAAGUUAACCCCGCGUCUCAAAUUUUAAUGUACAUUUUUUUUGGUUCAUGAGAUUUCCAAAGUCUGCCUGUGCAUUUUUUUUUUUUUUCUCUAGAUCCUUAAAUUCAUUAAAACUUAAGUCGGGUUAUCGAUGAAUAACAAUUAGUUUUCAGAAUCUUAUGUGAAUUGGAGUGUAAAGAAUAUGAA